AAGAAGAGGAUAAUAGAAGGGGAAAGGGGAGUGGAGGAUAGAAGGGGGAAAAUAUUGUUCCUCUUGGCAAAGCGUCCGCGUCACGUGUGUGUGUGUGCAGCUCUGCCCUCCGCGCUGUGCCAUGUGGAUGUGCGCGAGAUGGGGGAAUUCGGACGCGGGCUCCGGGCGGGCGCGCGGCGCGGGCGGCGCUCGGCGGCUCCAUGAGCGCGGUUUGUGUGAUUUUGCUAAAAUGCAUCACCAACAGCGAAUGGCUGCCUUAGGGACGGACAAAGAACUGAGUGAUUUACUGGAUUUCAGUGCGAUGUUUUCACCUCCCGUGAGCAGUGGCAAAAAUGGACCAACUUCCUUGGCGAGUGGACAUUUUACUGGCUCAAAUGUAGAAGACAGAACUAGCUCAGGGUCCUGGGGGAAUGCAGGACAUCCUAGUCCAUCCAGGAACUAUGGAGAUGGGACUCACUAUGAUCAUAUGGCGAGCAGAGACCUCGGGUCACAUGACAAUCUCUCUCCUCCAUUUGUCAAUUCCAGAAUACAAAGUAAAACAGAAAGGGGAUCAUACUCAUCGUACGGAAGAGACUCGAAUUUGCAGGGUUGCCACCAGCAAAGUCUCCUGGCCGGGGAGAUGGACAUCGGCAACCCCGGGGCACUGUCCCCCAGCAAGCCGGGCUCCCAGUACUACCAGUACUCCAGCAAUAACCCGCGCCGCCGGCCGCUGCACAGCACCUCCAUGGAAGUUCAGACAAAGAAAGUUCGGAAAGUUCCUCCAGGUUUGCCGUCCUCAGUAAGUACCGUGCGACGCGGCCCGGUGCGGUGGGGCGGGACGGGGUGGGAUGUGGCCAUUGGCACCCACCCUGCCUCGGGUGAUGGGUGGCCUUGGGACGAGGCGCAGGACCGCCCUGUGUCUGCUCCUGGUACUCCUGGGUGAUGGAUGCCCUUAGCAUGCCUGUCGUGGUGUGAGCCCCACGUGCUGAGGGCCGCGACGAAGGAUGGAGGAUGUAUUUCCAUGCAGGGUGCGGCUCACGGGAGAUCAGUGAGGCCUUGGGAUGCUGGGGGCACGCACUGGGGCUGCUGGGCAGUGCCAGGUGGCUGCCAGUGGGAGCUGCCGUGUGCUGGGGGCACACGGGGCAUAAUGAAGGAGCAGUAAUUAAGCAAGGCUGCUGUAGGUAGUGGGAGAAGCGUGUUGGCAGCCUUUGGAGGUCGGCCCUUGGGGGUGAAUCCUUGGUGAAGUCAGACCUUGGAGGUCAGCUUUUGGAGGUCAGCCCUUGGAGGUCAAUCCUUGGAGGUCAGUCCUUGGAGGUCAGCCCUUGGGGGUCAGCCCUUGGGGGUCAGAACUUGGAGGUCAGCUCUUGGAGGUCAAUCCUUGGAGGUCAACCCUUGGAGGUCAGCCUUUGUAGGUCAGCUCUUGGAGGUCAAUCCUUGGUGAACUCAGCCCUUGGAAAUCAGCCCUUGGAGGUCAGUCCUUGAAGGUCAGCUCUUGGGGGUCAGCUCUUGGAGGUCAACCCUUGGAGGCUUUUGGAUGUCAGGUCUUGGAGGUCAAUCCUUGGUGAACUCAGCCCUUGGAAAUCAACCCUUGGAGGUCAACCCUUGGAGGUCAGCCCUUGGGGGUCAGCUCUUGGGGGUCAAUCCUUGGAGGUCAGCCCUUAGAGGUCAUCCUUGGAGGUCAGCUCCUGGGGCUCAGCCCUUGAUGAGGUCAGCCCUUGGAGGUCAGCCGCUCUGCGGUACAGCCCUUUGUCUUUGGCCCCAAAUCUCUUCCUAAAACCUAUACAGUGCCUCUUUUUUUUUUUUUUUUUAAUGCUGAAGAAGCUGUUCCAAGGUACAGUGUGCCUUUGGAGAGCAGUUACACCGAGAUCUGGUGAAAUGUACAUAAAACAGUAAUUUUAAAAGAAGCGGUGGGCUGUUUCAAUAAGUAGAACAUAAAGGAGCGCUCUGCAUUUCAUUCCAACCUCGCAUUUCAUUCCGGGAUCGCAUUUCAUUCCGGUAUUGCGUUUCGUUUUUGUACUUUUUCUAUUUUUUUCUCCACCACAGCUUUAAAAAACACUGUUUUCCCAUCAGUAUCUGCAAACAGAGAACAAACCCCGACGCGAGGAGCACGUCCGUUCGGCGCUCGAUAGCCGUGUUUGUUUUAUCUUUAGAUCUGAUUGUUGGGAGGAGCGGGGUGGCAAUCAAUCGCGUGGAAUAUGUAACAAAUUGACGUAUUAAUCUCUGACGGGUUUUAUGUUUUUUGCCAUAAAUCCGACCGAAUUUGCGGAGUGCCAACAGCGCUGCUGCUGCUCCGGGCGGCGCGGGGCUGCGGUCACUGCGUACCGCGGGAUUCCAGCCCGACAGGCACAGACAGACACGGGGGGCCUGUUUCAGUUGCACAGAGUGCUGUGUGCUUUAUUGCGUCGGGCAGUGCCACGCAAAUCUGUUUUGUCAGCUGCUGAAAUACGGAAAAUCUCAAAGUUUCUGGUAAAAUAGCGACGCUGUUUUGGUGUUGAUUUAAAUGCAUGCUUUAAAUCUGCUUUGCUCUGUGCUUCGUGGUUCUGGUUUGCAUUGGGCCUCUGUACGGCAGUAGCUCACACCCCCCGAGGUCAUUACGGGAGUUGGGUUGCGGGUUCAGUUGUGGCGAAGCGGAGGAGCCCCCGGCCGCCCCCAGCAGAGCGGAGGGCUGGUGGUGGCCUGGCGGCGCGGCGUCUGUGCUGCCAAGCUGCUGUGGCACCGCGCUGUGCCCCGGCUGCGGGUCAGCCUGGUGCUGUGAGCGUUGGAGAUGUCAGCUCAGGGCUUUGAGGCUGCUGGAAGAGUUUUUCCUGGGUUGCUUCUUGCUGCAGAAGAAGGAAGGGCAGUUUGUGCUCGUGCCCCUCGGUCCCAGCGUGUGCUUGCUUUGGGUGCAGGACGGACGCGCUGCCGCAGCUCGGCGCUGCCCGCCUGUCCUCACUUUGCAGCCGGGUGUCUCGAGUAGAAAUCCACCUUAAAGCCGCGAGUUUGCUUCAGUGGCACGCACGGUUCGUAUGGAAACGGGUGAGAUACAGGAAGGUGUGCCUGGACGUUCUGGCUCUGCUUUCCAGAAGCGGUCGGCGCACGUCCAGCAGUGCAAGCACGAGGACGCUGUGGUGCCGAAAGGGACGGAGCCUCCCUGAUGUGAGCGGGUGACGUGAGCCCGCGGGCCCGUGCGGCACAGCCGGGCGCAGCCCAGGGGUGCCGGGCAGGAGGAGCGUGCUCGGUGUGGCAGGUCGGGCUGCGCUGUGCUGGUGGAGUCACACGGGGCUGCGGUGCUGGAGGAGGUAUUUGCAUUUAUAAAUGGGCUAACUCGAUGAUAAUACACUGAGUUGAUAGGGUGGAAUUACCGCUGUAUUUCUCUUAAAAUAUGUAUAUUAACUUGUUCUCCGUGUGAUUUACGCGGCGGAUAUGGAGAUUAAUGCAGCAGCGUUUGUGAAAGCGGUUAUUGUUGAUUAAUUCAUAAGUAGUCUUAUAAAAAUUUCAAUGAUAAAUGGUAAUAAAUACGUCGUAUCGGCUCCCCUGAACGGCACGGAAUGGCUGCGAGUUUUGAAAACAAAGUAAAUGACACUAAGAGCUAAUCACAGCUCUGCAAACAGCGAGGCCCCGAAGCUGGAGCUGCGGCGCGCGCGGCCCAUUGCCUCCCAUUGCCUCCCAUUGCCUCCCAUUGCCUCCCAUUGCCUCCCAUUGCCUCCCAUUGCCUCCCGUUGCCUCCCAUUGCCUCCCAUUGCCUCCCAUUGCCUCCCAUUGCUCCUCCUGGGCAGCGGCACGCAGAGCUCUGCCGGGCAGCAGAAAGGAGGGGAGGUUUGGGGCGCUGCGGCCGCUCCAGCUGGAGGUGAGGCACAGGCCUGGCCGUGCUGCAGAAGCGGCCGCUGCCGCAGCUCGGUUUGGAUCCCGAGGGCCAGCCUGGGGUGCCGAGCCGUGGCGCGGCGAUGCUUUCUGUGUCCCCAGCCGGCCGGGAGCAUCUGGUGGGGGCGGCGGUGACGCCGGCAGUCCUGCUUUCGGGGGAGGUUUGGCCUACGGGUUCGCAGCGCAGCAAAGCUGCGGGCGUCUGAGCUUCUGCCCCGCAGGCAGGAGCCGACAUCACCGCACGGCUACGCAGCUGCGGCGGCGAGGAGCCGCGCCGCGGCCUGGAGAGGCGUGCUGUGCCACGUGGGUGCUGCCGUCCCCGGCGUGCGGUCCCGCACGACUGUCCUCACCUCUGACUCCGUCCGAAGGCUUUGCCGUUGUUCCGGUCGGUAACCUGAAGCCUCCACUUGGCUGCUGGUGGUUUACUCACACCUGACCUUUCACAGUGCUUUCGCAGCGCUGUGCGGCUCAGCCGGCUUAACCUCACCUGUGGAGCAGAAAUAAUCCGUCUCUGGAGCACGGCCCUUGGAAGCGGUCCAUCUGAAACGAGUGCCUGGCAGGGUGGCAGCCUUGUUGCUGUACGGAAUCACAGAGUCACAGAAUGGUUUGGACUGGAAGGUACCUUCAAGAUCCCCUAGUUCCAGCCCCCAGCUACAGGCAGAGACGCCUCCCACCACACCAGGUUGCUCACAGCCCCAUCCAGCCUGGCCUUGAGCGUUUCCAGGGACGGGGCAUUCACAACCUCAUUGGGCAACCUGCUCCAGUGUCUCACCACCCUCACAGUGAAGAAUUUCUUCCUAAUAUCUAGGCUACAUCUUCCCUCUGACAGCUUAGGGCCAUUUCCCCUCACCCUGUCGCUAUCUGCCCUUAAAAAAGUCCCUCCCCAGCUUUCCUGUAGUCCCCUUCAGGUCCUCCCAGAGCCUUCUCCUCUUUAGGCUGCAGAGCCCCGGCUCUCUCAGUCUGUCCUUACAGGGGAGGUGCUCCAGCCCUUUGAUCAUCUCUGUUCAUCUCCAGGUACUCCUUUUCGGGACCAGGCUUUCAGUGGUGUGACUGAGUGCAGCUCAGCUCCUGCAUUUCCUCCAUCUUCAGCCCUCCUUCUUUUGCUGUGGUGCCACCCCAUGCAGUCACUGUGGUGCACUGCAUUCAUUUCCACUCCUCCUUGGACUCCUUUUUGACUGUGACUGGAGCUGCCUGCAUCCCACCCUGCCCGUGGAGAGGUGCUCUUCUUUUCCACAGCUGUGUCCCAGGGAUCUCUGCGAUACGACCGCGUGCCCCGGGCUGGGGGUUGCAGUCAUGAGCCCCAGGCUUUGCUGUCUCCCGACUUCAUCGCUCCUGCUAACAGCAGAGCUAAGGCAGCACUGAGCUCACAGCUUUUAGGCUGUUAGGGUAACUUUUCCUUUUGGAGUCCAGCACGUGGCAGUGUGUGAGUUGCUCUAGCUUGUUUCUCAGUGUAUGAAUGCGCCUGCUUUGGGAAGCGCAGCCCUCUUUGCAUUAUUGCUGCAGGCCACCCGCAGCUGUGCAUUGAGUUCAAAGGCUCUGGGGUAAGGCUGCUCAUCUUCCCUCCUCACCUUAGCUCUGUCUGGAGAGUCGUAGAAUCACAGGAUGCCUGGGUUGCAAAGAACCACAGUGCUCACCCACUUCCAACCCCCUGCUGUGUGCAGGGCCACAGCCACCAGCCCAGGCUGCCCAGAGCCACA